AUGGAAACGAUUACAGCCCAGGCCAUUCGGGAUAUGGCGGCUCUUCGGAAACCGCCGGCUCCAUGGACACUAGAUGAGCCGUAUCCCCAGUCUUACUACAGCUUCAACCCCACAACAUCUGCCUGGGUCUCCAAAACACCAUCUACCGCGGCCGAGCAGAGCAGCCCGCAUGCUGGGGCUGUCGCCGCCAUUGCACUCUACACCUGGAAUAUCGACUUCAUGUUACCUUUCGCGGCAGCCCGUAUGCGGCCGGCUCUUGCUCAUUUGCACGAACUCAUCCGUGAUCUCCACCAAAAUAUCGCCCCUGUGAUUUUUCUCCAAGAGUGCACUCCUUCUGACCUGGGGACCAUCGCUGCAACCCCCUGGGUGCAAGACCAUUUUCACGUGACGGAUCUUGAACCAACCAAUUGGGCUACCUCGCAGUAUGGCACAAUCACGCUGAUCAGCAAGCGCGUACCCAUUGUGUCUGUCUUUCGCGUGCAUUACUCUCACACACGCAUGGACCGCGAUGCGCUUUUCGUGGACAUCACAAUUGGACAUGAGAAGCGGAUGCGCCUCUGCAAUUCGCACCUAGAAUCGUUGGCCCUCGACCCUCCCUACCGCCCAUUGCAGAUGCAGCUGAUCGCGAAAUACAUGCAUCAAGAUGACAUAAACGCUGCUGUUGCUGCAGGAGAUUUCAAUGCUAUUCAGCCAAUUGAUAGAACACUGCAUACGGACCAGAAUCUCAAGGAUGCAUUUUUGGAAUUUGGUGGGAAGGAAGACACCCCUGAAGGAUAUACAUGGGGCCAGCAAGCAGCAACCGCCCAGCGCGAACAGUUUGGGUGUUCGAGGAUGGAUAAGGUCUACUUCUGCGGGUGUCUCAAGUUGUUGAAGGUUGAUAGGUUUGGUGAGGGGGUGCUGGUGGAAGGGGACGAGGAGAGACGGCAGAUUGUGGGUCUGGGAUUCGAGAAGCCCUGGGUCACAGAUCAUCUUGGUGUCAUGGCCGUAUUUGAUGUCGGGCUCACCAUGGAUUCGCAACUCUAG